CCCCUCCCCCUCCCGCUCUCACCCCAACCGGUCUGUCCGGUCUGAGCAGGGGGAGGGGCCUCAAUGGCGGCUGCCGUGGGGCAGCUCCGGUAGCACCGGAGGCUCCAGGGUGCUCAGCAUGAUCCCGGAGCCCUGUUCCCACCCCAAUGAUGAGCUGAUGCCCUAUAGCGACGAUGACACCGAGGAGGAGCCGGACACUGGGGUUACACCGGAUCCAACCCGGAGCAAUGGGGAGAGUAGGGACACGGUGAGGAGAGACUACAGCUGGCAAGUGAAGGCCAAUGACCAGUACUUCCACCAGCAGCCCCAGUUUAAGAGCCCCAUGUUACUGGGAUUCAAGAGGAGCAAGUACAAGGGCAACGCCAUCAGGACCUACAAGUACAACCCCAUUACCUUCCUGCCCCUCAACCUCUUGGAGCAGUUCAAGAGAGCAGCCAACUUCUACUUCCUUGUCCUCCUCAUACUACAGUCCAUCCCCCAGAUCAGCACCCUCUCAUGGUACACGACACUGGUGCCCCUACUACUGGUGCUGGGUGUAACUGCAGUCAAAGACCUGGUGGAUGACAUUGCUCGCCAUAGGAUGGACAAUGAGGUGAACAACAGGAGAUGUGAAGUGAUCAGGGAGGGAAGGUUUAAGAGCACUAAAUGGAAGGAUAUCAGAGUGGGAGACAUCCUCCGCCUGCGGAAGAACACGUUUGUGCCUGCUGACGUCCUGCUGUUGUCCAGCUCUGAACCCAACAGCCUGUGCUAUGUAGAGACAGCUGAGCUGGAUGGGGAAACCAACCUGAAGUUCAAGAUGGCCCUAGAGGUUACACACAGGUACCUACAAGAAGAAGGAGCAAUGGCAAACUUCGAUGGCCUGGUUGAAUGCGAGGAACCCAACAACAGGCUGGAUAAGUUUGCAGGCACUUUGCUCUGGAGGAACAGUCGUUACUCACUGGAUGCUCAGAAGAUCCUACUGCGCGGAUGUAGGAUCAGGAACACGGAGUUCUGCCAUGGCCUGGUCAUCUUUGCAGGUGCUGACACGAAGAUCAUGAGGAACAGUGGCAAGAGCCGGUUUAAGAGGACCAAGAUUGACUCCCUGAUGAACUACAUGGUCUACACUAUCUUCCUCCUCCUCAUCCUCCUCUCCGCUGGCCUGGCCAUUGGCCACACGUACUGGGAGCAGCAGGUUGGUAACUGGUCCUGGUACCUCUAUGAUGGUCAAGGCUUCAGUCCUGCCUAUCGUGGCUUCCUCAGCUUCUGGGGCUACAUCAUCAUCCUCAACACCAUGGUGCCCAUCUCCCUCUAUGUGAGUGUGGAAGUCAUCCGCUUUGUCCAGAGCUACUUCAUCAACUGGGACCUGCAGAUGUACUACCCCGAGAAGGACACAGCCGCCAAGGCCAGGACUACAACCCUCAAUGAGCAGCUAGGCCAGAUCCACUACAUCUUCUGCGACAAGACAGGCACCUUGACCCAGAACAUCAUGACCUUCAAGAAGUGCUGCAUCAAUGGCCAUAGAUAUGGAGACAGUCGGGAUGGAGCAGGGCAGCUCCAGAGCCACCCACAGGAAGUGGACUUCAGCUGGAACCUGUAUGCAGAUGGGAAGUUCUCCUUCUAUGAUCACUACCUGAUAGAGCAAAUACGGGGUGGAAAGGACCCCGAGAUCCACAAGUUCUUCCUCCUGCUCGCUACCUGUCACACUGUCAUGGUGGACACCUCCGAUGGCCAGCUCCAGUACCAAGCAGCAUCUCCGGAUGAAGGAGCCCUGGUUACAGCAGCGAGGAACUUUGGCUACGUGUUCCUGUCCCGUACUCAGCACAGCAUCACCCUGAGUGAGAUGGGCACAGAGAGGACCUAUGAUGUCCUCGCUCUGUUGGACUUCAACAGCGAGAGGAAGAGGAUGUCUGUCAUUGUGAGAGAAUCAGGUGGAAACAUCCGCCUGUACUGCAAAGGGGCUGACACUGUCAUCUAUGAACGCCUGCACCCCAGCAACCCCAAGAGGGAGGCCACACAGGAGGCACUGGAUGUCUUUGCCAGUGAGACCCUGAGGACCUUGUGCCUGUGCUACAGAGACAUUGACCCCCAGGAGUUUGAGGCCUGGAAUGGGAGGUUCCUAGAGGCCAGUGUGGCCUCCACGAGGCGCGAUGAGGCUCUAGACCAGGUCUAUGAGGAGAUAGAACAGAACCUGAUUCUGCUUGGAGCAACAGCCAUUGAGGACAAGCUCCAGGAUGGAGUUGCAGAGACCAUAGCCAGGCUUUCCAAAGCAGACAUCAAGAUCUGGGUGCUGACAGGGGACAAGAAAGAGACCGCGGAGAACAUUGGGUUUUCCUGUGAGCUCCUAACACAUGAGACCAUCAUCUGCUAUGGGGAAGACACCAGUGCUCUCCUCCAGACACGACUGGCAAACCAGCAGAACCCAACUGGAACCAGUUCCCAUCCCUCACUGGGAAUGAAGGAUCCCUCCAUCCAAGGCACUCGGGAUCGAGCUUUGAUCAUCACUGGCUCCUGGUUGAACGAGAUCCUCCUGGAGAAGAAGAAGAGGAAGAAGAGGAAGAGGCUGAAGCUCAAAGUGCCCCGAGUAGAGGAGGAGAAGAGCCAAAGGGCUGAGCCCAGCAAGGAGCAGCAGCAGCAGAGCUUUGUUGAGCUGGCCUGUGAGUGCAGGGCUGUCAUCUGCUGCCGGGUCACCCCCAAGCAGAAGGCCAUGGUGGUGGAGCUGGUCAAGAAGUACAAGAGAGCCGUGACCUUGGCUAUUGGGGAUGGAGCCAACGACGUCAACAUGAUCAAGACUGCUCACAUCGGGGUCGGGAUCAGCGGCCAGGAAGGGAUGCAGGCGGUCAUGGCCAGCGACUACUCCUUGGCCCAGUUCCGCUACCUGCAGAGGCUACUACUGGUCCACGGGCGCUGGUCCUACCUGCGCAUGUGUAAGUUCCUCAGCUACUUCUUCUACAAGAACUUUGCCUUCACCUUGGUGCACGUCUGGUUCUCCUUCUUCAAUGGCUUCUCGGCCCAGACAGCCUAUGAGGACUGGUUCAUCACGCUCUACAACGUGUUGUACUCCAGCCUCCCCGUGCUCCUUGUGGGAUUGCUCGAGCAGGAUGUGAGUGAUAAGCUCAGCCUGCGCUACCCCAGGCUCUAUGUAGUAGGCCAGAGGGACUUACUCUUCAACUACAAGACCUUCUUCCUGAGCUUACUCCACGGGGCCCUCACCUCCUUGGUCAUCUUCUUCAUCCCCUAUGGGGCCUACCUGAAAUCUAUGGGGCAGGAUGGGGAAGCCCCAUCGGAUUACCAGUCCUUUGCCAUCACCGCAGCCUCUGCCCUUAUCUUUGUGGUCAACUUCCAGAUGGGAUUGGACACAUCCUAUUGGACCUUUGUCAACGCGUUCUCUGUCUUUGGGAGCAUUGCCCUAUACUUUGGCAUCACCUUCGACUUCCAUAGUGCUGGAAUCCAUGUCCUCUUCCCAUCUGGCUUCCAGUUCACGGGGACGGCCCCGAAUGCCCUAAGACAGCCGUACCUAUGGCUCACUAUGGUCUUGGCCAUCACCAUCUGCUUGGUGCCCAUAGUGGCCCAGCGCUUCCUAGCCAUGACACUAUGGCCAUCGGAGAGCAAUAGGGUCCUGCAGCACCAUGGGGUUGAUGCCCAUCAAUGGAGGCCGCAUCCCACAGCAUUCCAUAGGGGAAUUCCAUCCCGACGUUCCGCAUAUGCCUUCUCCCAUCAACGUGGAUAUGGAGACCUCAUAUCCUCCGGCCGCAGCCUCCGUCGGAAACGGGCCCCAUUGGAUCCCGGAAUUCCCACUUUGGGAAUGCUGGAUCCAUAGAUCCCAAUGGGAUCGAGGCCUGGGAAUGGGGAUUCCCUGGAAUUCCGGCCUUUGGUCCCCGUUAUUUCAUAUGGGAAGCAAAGUUCACCCAAUAAAGCUCCUAAAGGUCCCUCAAUGGA